AUGACGAUUAGAACAACAACUCCUUUUCUUAACAUUCUAUGGCAGCUCCUUUUGCUUCUGCUACUACCAUUUCACCAGAACUUGGCUAACGCUGCGGGUGGUCGGUGGCAGCUACUGAUGUCCAACAUUGGCAUUUCAGCCAUGCACAUGCAACUCCUCAAUAACGACAGAGUCAUAAUGUACGACCGUACUGACUUUGGCGCAUCCAACAUCUCGUUACCCAAUGGCAAAUGUCGCAACAACCCUAAUGACCUCGCGUUGAAAGUUGACUGCACUGCUCACUCUGUCGAGUACGAUGUUUCCACCAAUUCUGUGCGUCCCCUCAUGGUCCAGACCGAUGUGUGGUGCUCCUCUGGCUCCGUCGACUCCGACGGUUCUUUGGUUCAAACUGGUGGUUUCAACGACGGUGAACGUAUGGUUAGAGUAGUCAAACCAUGCAGCACUUGUGACUGGCAGGAAAUGGGAAGUAACCUAAUUCAGAGUCGAUGGUAUUCCACCAAUCAUAUUCUUCCAGAUGGAAGGCAAAUUAUCAUUGGUGGUCGUAAGGCUUUUAACUACGAGUUUUAUCCCAAAACUGCUUCAACCAACAACGUAUUUAGCCUGCCCUUUCUUCAGCAAACUAAUAAUCCUAGAGAAGAGAACAAUCUUUUCCCGUUUGUUUUUCUCAAUGUGGAUGGAAAUCUAUUCAUUUUCGCUAAUGAUCGAGCUAUCUUGUUCGACUACAAGGCGAACAAGGUGGUGAAAACGUACCCACAAAUACCUGGUGGCGACCCGAGAAAUUAUCCAAGUUCGGAUUCUGCAGUUCUUCUUCCGUUAAAGAACUUGCGGACACAAAAGGUUCAAGCUGAGGUUUUGGUGUGCGGUGGAGCACCAAGAGGGUCAUACCCCAAAGCGGACAAAGGUGAAUUUAUAGGUGCAUUAAACACGUGUGGGCGAAUUACAAUUACCGACCCGAAUCCACAGUGGACAAUGGAGAAAAUGCCAUUAGCUCGAACAAUGGGUGACAUGGUAAUUUUACCAAAUGGAAAUGUCUUGAUCAUCAAUGGAGCCGCAGCGGGCACUGCUGGAUGGCAAAUCGCUAGGAAACCGGUUUUGAGUCCGGUGAUUUAUCGACCCGAUAACCCACUUGGUUCUAGAUUCGAGGUACAAAACCCGAAUGUCAUACCGAGAAUAUACCGCUCAACAGCGGUUUUACUCCGAGAUGGUCGGGUUUUUGCUGGAGGUAGUAAUCCAAACAAGUUUUACAACUUCACUGGAGUUCUUUUUCCAACGGAUUUAAGCUUGGAGGCAUUCUCACCAUCCUAUUUGGAUCCGAAAUCUGCUAAUUUGCGACCACAGAUCAUUUCUCCCUCUUCCCGUCAUAAAACCAAGUAUAGGCAAAGUGUUAACAUUCGAUUUACUGUUUCCGGAUUAUUAAACACAGAUUUGGUCAAAGUAACAAUGGUUGCACCUGGGUUUAAUACACAUUCAAAUACUAUGAACCAAAGAGUGCUUGUGCUUUCAAGUGGAAAGGUGAGAAGGAUUGGAAAGUCCACUUACCAAAUCAAUUUGAUCUUCCCGAGUUCUGGUAAAUUAGCGCCACCUGGUUACUAUAUGUUAUUUGUGGUUCAUCAAGACAUAUCAAGUAAGGGAAUUUGGGUCAAGAUCCAAUAGUCAUAGUCCUAAGCCGAGGGUCUAUCGCAAACAGUUUUACUGUCUUCUUGAAGGUAGGGUUAAGGUUUGCGUACACACUACUAGUGGCGGACCCAGGAUUUUAUGCAGGCGGGUUCAAUUUUAGAAGUACGUAACUUUAGUCGUAAAAUAGUAGUUAUCAAGUGGGUUCAAAUAAAAUAUUUAUACAAAAUUUAUGCAGCUUUAAUCA